CGAAGCGACGGUUCUCGUUCCAGCGUCGAGAACAAGAGCCGCAUGGUCCAUCCGGCUGCCACUCUCUCUCUCUCCCUCUGGUACUUUCCUCUCUAUGACCAAUCGGCCUCCUCCUAAUCAGGACUGCUCGCCGCCAUCGUCAUCGUCUUCAUCGCAAUCAACAACUCGGCUGACCCACUCCGUCCGCUUCUCUCUCUCCAGAUUCGCCAACUUCCUUUCCUUUCUGCUCUCUCCAUUCCUCAAGAGACUCCUUUCUAAAACCCUAGAUUUCAUCUCCAUGGACUCCUUCCUCUUCUCCUCUAACGACGGUGAUGGCUUAUUCGACCGCGAUGCCGCCGGGCAGACGGCCCUCGCUGACGUCGGCGGCGGCGGUGGCGGCGAUGACGAGAAGCUUUACUUCGUUCCCUUCAGGUGGUGGAGUGAGGCGAAAGAGGCGCUGUUUCGGGGCACCGCAGACGUCGAGGGCGUUUCUUAUGCGGUGAAAUCUUAUGGUGCUGCUUCGGGCCCGACUGGGAUUGGGGGUCAUGGGUCCGAAAUUGCUCUUAGUAUGAGGAGAAAAGAUGAUUCCCUAAACCACUCUUGUGAGGAAGAAGGUGCUUAUGCGUUGCUUGCACAGUGGAUGUUCUUGCGAGCUCUUAAGUGGCAUAAUGAUGCAAAGGAAAUAGAAGGUCUUUUAGCGGCUGAAGAUAACAUGUGGGAUCUGUUCCCUUUACAAAUAAGUCUUUCUGUUUGCAGGGAAACAAAUUCAUUGGUUGUAAAGAUUCGUCAAAAGGAUAAUGAAAUUGCAGAUUUCCGUAGAGCUUUUGAUAUUUUUAAUGUUGAAACAGGGCAGUUGACCAUCUGGGAUUUCUCAGGGCAGACAACCCAGCUUUUCAUACAUGACAGAAUCAAGUUAUCUGAUGAUUCAAACCAACAAAACGAAGAGAUGCAUCUGGAGUUGCAAGUCUAUGGAUCCUCACAUUUGAUGAGUACCAGAGAAGGAAGGAAACAUGCUAUGGCAGCAAAACAAUCUAUGGUUGGAAAUUUCCUUCACAAUGGUCCGCUUAAGAUGAAUGGGAAUAUUGACCAUGUUAACUCAUAUUUUAGAGUUAACAAUGCCCCUGGUAGUACGUACAGAGAAGGUUGUAACCUGGGCUUGACAGGGUUGUACAAUCUUGGUAAUACUUGUUUCAUGAAUAGUGCCAUUCAGUGCUUGGUGCACACUCCAGAGCUUGUUGAUUAUUUUCUGGGAGACUACCGAAAGGAUAUAAAUUCAGAGAAUCCCUUGGGCAUGAAAGGUGAACUUGCUUUACAAUUUGGUGAUUUACUGAGGAAGCUAUGGGCUCCAGGAGCAGCUCCAGUUUCUCCAAGUGUGUUCAAAUUGAAACUUUCUGCUUUUGCACCUCAAUUCAGUGGCUAUAACCAGCAUGACUCCCAAGAGUUUCUGGCUUUUUUGUUGGAUGGACUCCAUGAAGAUCUUAACCGUGUGAAAUGCAAGCCCUAUAUAGAAGCUAAGGAUGCAGAAGGUCGUCAUGAUGAUGAAGUGGCAGAAGAAUACUGGCAAAAUCAUCUAGCUCGGAACAACUCAAUCAUAGUUGAUCUUUGUCAAGGGCAAUACCGAUCAACAUUGGUUUGUCCAGUUUGCAAGAAGUUGUCCAUUACAUUUGAUCCAUUCAUGUAUCUUUCAUUACCUCUGCCUUCAACAACAAUGCGUUCAAUGACUUUGACAGUCUUGAGCACUGAUGGUACUACUUUACCAUGUCCUGUUGCUGUAAAUGUACCAAAGUAUGGGAGAUGUAAGGAUCUUGUGCAAGCGUUAAGCACCAUGUGUUAUUUGAGCGAGGAUGAGACACUGUUGGUAGCUGAGAUAUUCAACAACCGAAUUCUUCAUUUUCUGGACAAGCCCUCAGAUACAAUAGAGCUUAUCCGGGAUGAUGAUUGUCUUGUUGCUUACAGAUUGCCAAAAGGCAGUGAGACAUCUCCUUUAGUUGUAUUCAUGAAUGAAUACAUGGAAGGGCAUUACAUGCGUGCAACUUCUUCAAAAAUGUUUGGCACUCCCCUUGUGGCGAGGAUGUCUGAUCUCUCUAGGGGAUCGAACAUACGUAAAGAGUUUCUAAAAUUAUUGAAUCCAUUCUUAAUGACGGUGGAAGAUUCUUUGAAUGAUGACAAUGGUCAACACAGUGCUGAUGAAGAUAUUGAGAUGGAGGAUAUUGCUAGCUCCAGAUUAUUGGAUAGAGAUGCAAACUCAGGGACUGGAUUGGAUGAUGACUCAGAAUUGGGUGCUGAUUUCCAGUUUUACUUGACUGACGAGAAGGGAUCAUUGAAAGGUCCUAAGAUACAGAUGAACGAGCCAGUACCAAAACUCUCAACAUUAAGCAGGAUUGUACGUGUGCUUGUUUGUUGGCCAGAGAAAAUGAGUAAAAUAUAUGAUACCUGUCUUCUGAGCACUUUGCCACAAAUUUGCAAGUCUGGGUUACUACAAAAGCACCCUCAGGAAUUUGUUACACUUUAUAAAUGCCUUGAAGCCUUUCUGAAGGAAGAGCCUCUAGGACCUGAAGACAUGUGGUACUGCCCUAAUUGCAAGAAGCAUCGACAGGCCAGCAAAAAGUUAGACCUCUGGAGACUACCAGAGAUUCUCAUUAUACAUCUAAAGAGGUUUUCAUAUAGCCGUUUCUUCAAGAACAAGCUUGAAACUUUUGUCGACUUCCCAGUUGAGGAUCUUCAUCUCUCUGAUUACAUUGCUAAUAAGAACAUCCAUGCGUCCCAUGGUUACAUGUUGUAUGCAGUUUGUAAUCACUAUGGCGGCAUGGGUGGCGGUCACUACACUGCAUUUGUCCAACUUGGGAAUGGUCAAUGGUACGAGUUUGAUGACAGUCAUGUAUCACGUGUUAGUGAAAAUGAGAUAAAAACAUCAGCUGCCUAUGUUCUCUUUUACAAGAGAAUUACAGAUGUGUAAAAUGAGUUGGCCACAGACAUGGUAAUUACUUUGCAAAGGCCCGGCCCGGAAGAGAAACUUACUGUCACUUUUUGAACUCGCUCAUUUCUCAUUUCCACCAUUUUUUGGGCCAUCGGUUUCUAAAUACAGGGAAACCCGAGAGUGGAUGCAGUUGAAGUUUUGGGGCAUGCAUACCUGCUAAUAAGGGCCAUGGCAGGUAUGACAAAAUUCUUACAAAGAAGCUUUUACCCCUCCUGAAACCAAAUAUAGAAAGCUUUAUAUUGUCCAUAAACUUCUCUUAGAAUUCUCUCUUUUGGUUCUUAGUGAAUAUUUGUAAGUGUGUGUACAUACAUGAGAUCUGUUUUUGGGAGCAUAAUGAAGUGUAUUUUGUAUAGAGCCCUCAAGUACCCUAUUUCCAUUCAUAGGAGGGGUUAAAGUCCAUCUAGUCUUUUAUUCCUGUAUCUCCUUCACUACAUGAGCAGCUUUAUCUCAUGCUUAUGGAAUUAGGGAUCAUCAUUUGUGGAAGAAAAACUAAGGGUUGGGGGUAAGCAAGUUACCCGAAUAGGAGUUUUAUUUAUUUAAUUCUCUUUUUAUUCUUGUUGAAAAAUCUAAACUCUAAAUAAGGCUACUUAUUCAAAUUUGAAAUAUCUAAAAACUCUGUUUGAGUAAUUCCUAU